CUGCUCUCAAGGGUGUGGUCCAUCGUGGUUAAGGGGAUGGUGGCGAUUUUCUUUGUUCGCCAUAGGCACUAAAAGGACAAGCAGAUGCUCCGGUUAGCACGGAGCAGUGCAGAGCCUCCUCGUCUUUCUCCUCACCGGGAGGGUGCCUGCUGAUCGGGACCUGUAGCUAACUGUGGACGUUAAGAAAGUUGCAGGAACACUGCUGCUUCGCCUACCCUCGGUUCGCGGUGGCUGGGUGUUGGGGAUUGCUCUGUUGCCCCGCUAUAUGGACUGUCGGCUGUGAAUGUUUUCUGCUUAGCUCGUUGCUUUCUGCUUCACUUAAUGCCGCUGCUUCUGCUCGCUUCGUUGCUGAGAGCCGACGGUGGUGGCGGUGUCCUGGGUGGUGGUUUCCCUUCGUGUGCUGUGAUCCUGGAUUUGGUUGUCUUUGCCCUUCACCUUUUGUUUGUGUGUCACGAGUGGGGUGCCUUUCUUUGUUUUGGACUUCUUCACCCCACAUUGUCCCUCACCGUUGAUUAACACAACCCCGACAACCCUCUCUGUUCUUCCUGCUCUCAAACACAGCAAGCUCCACCCUGUGCUCAUAUUUCCUGGUUCCCUCCCCUUCAGAUCUCCAGUUUGAAGAUGGGUGGAACCAACAUGUGGUGAAGUGCAAGAGCUGACAGGUCCCGUUCACUGCAGAGACACAUGUUGUUCAGAUCAGAGCUCAAACUAGUUUCAGUUCUGAGAAAGUGAAACUCAGACAGUCGAUGACACUGAGAGGUGACAUGGCGCAUAAAGGAGUUCAGCUGGACCGGGAAUCCAUCUCUUGUUCGAUCUGUCUGGAUCUACUGAAGGAUCCGGUGACUAUUCCCUGUGGACACAGCUACUGCAUGAACUGUAUUAAAACCCACUGGGAUGAAGGGGAUGAGAAGAAAAUCCACAGCUGCCCUCAGUGUAGGCAGACCUUCACACCAAGACCUAUCCUGGUGAAAAGCACCAUGUUAGCAGUUUUAGUGGAGGAGCUGAAGAAGACUGGACUCCAAGCUGCUGCUGCUGAUCACUGCUAUGCUGGACCUGAAGAUGUGGCCUGUGAUGUCUGCACUGGGAGAAAACUGAAAGCUGUCAAAUCCUGUUUGAUGUGUCCAGCCUCUUACUGUGAGAAACAUCUGCAACCUCACUAUGAAGCAGCUCCGUUAAAGAAACACAAGCUGGUGGAGCCCUCCAAGAAGCUCCAGGAGAACAUCUGCUCUCGUCAUGAUGAGGUGAUGAAGAUGUUCUGCCGCACUGAUCAGCAGUGUAUCUGUUAUCUCUGCUCUGUGGAUGAACAUAAAGGCCACGACACAGUCUCAGCUGCAGCAGAAAGGACUGAGAGGCAGAGAGAGCUCCAGCUGAGGCGACAACAAAUCCAGCAGAGAAUCCAGGACAGAGACAAAGAUGUGAAGGUGCUUCAACAGGAGGUGGAGGCUAUCAAUGGCUCUGCUGAUAAAGCAGUGGAGGACAGUGAGAAGAUCUUCACUGAGCUGAUCCGUCUCAUGGAGAAAAGAAGCUCUGAUGUGAAGCAGCAGAUCAGAUCCCAGCAGGAAACUGAAGUGAGUCGAGUCAAAGAGCUUCAGGAGAAGCUGGAGCAGGAGAUCACUGAGCUGAAGAGGAAAGACGCUGAGCUGAAGCAGCUCUCACACACAGAGGAUCACAACCAGUUUCUACACAACUACCCCUCACUGUCACGACUCAGUGAAUCUACAGACUCAUCCAGCAUCAAUAUCCGUCCUCUGAGCUACUUUGAGGACGUGACAGCAGCUGUGUCACAGCUCAGAGAGAAACUACAGGACAUUCUGACAUGGACAAACAUCUCACUGACAGUGACUGAAGUGGAUGUUUCACUGUCACAACUAGAGCCAAAGACCAGAGCUGAAUUCUUAAAUUAUUCACAGGAUAUCACACUGGAUCCAAACACAGCAAACAGACAUUUGUUAUUAUCUGAGGGAAACAGAAAAGCAACACGUAGUCAACAACAGUCUUAUUCUAGUCACCCAGACAGAUUCACUUCAUAUUUUCAGGCCCUGAGUAGAGAGAGUCUGGCUGCACGUUGUUACUGGGAGGUGGAGACGAGAGGAGGAGUUUAUGUAGCAGUCGCAUACAAGAAUAUCAGCAGAGCAGGGAGCUUGGAUGAAUGUAUAUUUGGAAGCAAUGACAAAUCUUGGGCAUUACACUGUGAUCAAAACAGUUAUACAUUCUUCUACAACAACAUCAGAACUCCAGUCUCAGGUCCUCGGUCCUCCAGAGUAGGAGUGUACCUGGAUCACAGAGCAGGUGUUCUGUCCUUCUACAGCGUCUCUGAAACCAGGACUCUCCUCCACAGAGUCCAGACCACAUUCACUCAGCCUCUCUAUGCUGGAGUUCGGCUUUGCUGGAACAAUGGAGACACAGCUGAGUUCUGUAAACUCAAAUAGACAAAGGAUAUUUAAAUUUCAGUUGGUUAAAAUCUGUAUUUUAAUUCAUCAGUUUAUUUGAACUUCCAUCAUCGCUGCUAAAAGCUCAUUGCUGUUGUGUUUCUGCACUGCACACAGAUCACCUGUCAAUCAAACAUUAUGGGAGGGGCUUUGACCUCUUCUCUUUUAUUGUUGUAUUGAUGUUUGAGUUUCUUUAGGUGGAGCUGGAGCCAUGGAGGAUAUCACUGCUCAGGAUGAUUUUUCUUCACCUAAACUCACAUUUCUCCACAUGAAAAUAUAAACUUCUAUUUGCUCUAAAUGUUGAAUAUUUGUAUUGAUGUAUUGAAACAAACUGAUUGUGUGGAUGAAGUGAAUCUCCCCCUGAAAUCACUGAACAAGAGUCAUUUAACACCAAG